AUGGCACCAAAGUUGGAACAGUUAGGCCCUUGUACUUCAAAUGGUAAUCUAAAUAAUGAACAUACGGAUGAUGCAACAACCAAAGAAGUUUUACCGGGUAUUCUCUACGAGCCGCACAAUUUUCGUCACUAUGCACCAACACUUUAUCUUGGUAAGGGAGGUUUUGCGCGUUGUUAUGCAGCAAAAGACUCAUCGUCUGCAAUGGAAGUAGCGCUGAAAAUUGUUCCAAAAAAUCGUCUCACCAAGCAUUCUCAACUGGAAAAGAUGCGCAAAGAGAUAGCGAUCCAUGAGUCACUGAACCAUCCAAAUGUGGUCAAAUUUUUGAGUUGUUUCGAAGAUAGUAUCAAUGUCUAUAUGGUUCUUGAACUUUGUCACAACGGAACCCUCCUUUGUCGCAUCCAAAAUACACCUGGAGGGCGAUUAAAGGAUCACAGUACACGAAUGUAUUUAUUACAAAUUGUUGACGCUGUCACAUACUUGCAUGAACAAGUUGGUAUUUUGCAUCGUGAUUUGAAACCCGGUAAUGUUCUUCUUAGCAAUAACGAUCAGGUGAAAUUGGCAGAUUUCGGAUUGGCUUUGAAAUUAAGCGAUUUACCGUAUUCGUCGUUGAAUGUUUGCGGGACGCCAAAUUAUUUGUCGCCUCAGGUACUUAAACGAGAAGGUCAUUCGAAAGAAUCGGAAGCGUGGUCCAUUGGUUGUAUACUGUACUGCAUGUUGGUCGGCAAGCCACCAUUUGAGGCAGAUACAUUAGAAAAGACAUAUGUCAAAAUAGCGUCAUGCGAUUAUUCAUUUCCGCUUAAACCUAAAAUUUGCACUUUUGCCGAGGAUCUCAUUUCAAAGUUGCUCAUUCCGGAUGCAGCGGUUCGAAUGAAAAUAAGUGUUGUCAAAUGUCAUCCAUACUUUGGCAGUAAAGAUAUUGCGGGAAUGCAAGAACCAUACUCAGUAAAAAGAAAAGAAAAUAACAUCCAAUUGUCCAAGACAGCAAAUUUUGAUCAAGGCUUUGGAGGAGGUUGCAGCAUUGGUGAUUCUGGAAUUGGCUCCGAAGGGUGUUUGAAUGCUCGGCCACGAUCAAUUUCUGACUGUAAAGCCUUGUAUAAGCAAUUGUUACUGGGUUAUUACACUGUGUCAGAUGAAGCGCCUUUCUUGCUUGAUUUCCAGUUGACUAUGGUAAGCAAAUGGGUAGAUUAUACUAACAAAUACGGUUUUGGCUGUGUUCUCAGCGAUGGUACCCAUUGCACGCUGUUUGUCGAUAAUUCCUCUGUUUCCCGCAGGCGUGGUGUAGAAAAGGAAGCUGAGCGGUAUUUGAUGAUAUCUGAUAUAGAUCAGGACCCAUGGACUUUUGUGGAAUGGACUACGCUAGAUACUGUCAAUGAUCAACGAUUGGCGAAAAAAGUCCGUGUUGUGGAACUUUUCAGUGAUUACAUGGAUAAGGAGCUUCAGCCAGUGUAUGAGCACAGCGAUGUUCGCCAACAGCUAGAUGCCUUGGUCUAUCAAAAACGACAUAGUGGAGUAUUAUUGAUGUGUCUCGCUUUGGGAACUAUUCAGAUUAAUUUUCUGGAAUCACACGAAAAAUUGGUUAUUAAUCGGGAUGAACAUGGUCGUUUACUUAUCACGGUGAUCGACCGAUGCAUUGGUUUCCGUACAUACCAUCUUCUUCCUUGUACUGCAACACCCAGUCGCCCAAACUGUCAAAAAGUUCAGCAACUGUUGAACAAGGCUUGUCGGCUUCUAGAAGACGAGAAAGCAGCGUUGCAGCGAACUUACUGUGCUACACAGUGUUAG